AAUAACUUGUCUGCAGCCAUAGUGACCAAUACUGUAACUCCUUUGGUACAUUUAGGAAACUGAGGAGAGAGAAGAGAAUGCAAAGCUUCAAGGCAUCAAUGUUACGCCUCAAUUUGGAAAAUUAGGUUUCGAUUUCAGGGGCGUGGUACGGGAGCGAAAUUCUGGAAAUUGCUACGCCUCAAUCGAGCUGAUGUUUGAUUUUAUGGAUUUUAGGAUUUUCUCCCUUUUAUCAUAAUUUUUAAUUUUUUUUUUUAACAUUCAAUUGAUUUAAUUUUCUCUUUAUAACUUAUAGGUAUUAGCGGAAGGUGGAGCUAGUUCUCGAAUGGCGAUUCUUAACAGACCCUCGGUUCUCAAUGCUCUCAACACAAAUAUGGGAGACAAGUUGAAUAAACUCUAUAAAUGUUGGGAAGAUGAUCCAGAUAUCGGUUUUGUGAUGAUGAAGGGCAGUGGUCGGGCGUUUUGUGCUGGUGGAGAUAUUGUUGCACUCUAUCAUUAGAUCAACCAAGGUGGCUAUUUUGAAUGGCAUUACUAUGGGCGGCGGGGUUGGAGUUUCCAUACCUGGGACAUUUCGGAUUGCCUCUGGUAGAACUGUUUUUGAAAACCCAGAAACUCUAACUGGUUUUCACCCUGAUCCUGGUGCAUCCUUUUACCUCCCACAUCUACCUGGUCGCUUAGGGGAGUAUUUAGCUCUGACAUGGGAAAAACUCAAUGCAGCAGAAAUGAUGGCUUGUGGGCUAGCUACACAUUAUUCACUCAGCGAAGAGCGCGAGGGAGCUGAAACAAAUGAUGCUUGGUGCAGUUCCACUUUAAGAAGACUUAAAGAAGCCUCACCACUGAGCUUGAAGGUUUCCUUGAGAUCUGUCAGAUACGAAAAGGUAGAUUUGAGACCUUUGAUCAAAGCUUGGUCCGUGAAUACCGAAUGUCAUUACAAGGGAUAUCUAAGCAAAUUUCUGGUGAUUUUUGUGAGGGAAUUCGUGCACGAAUGUUGGACAAGGACCUUGCCCCAAAGACUGUGCAGUGGAGUUUUCCAAGUCUGGAGCAGGUAUUGGAAGAUGUGGUUGAUUGCUAUUUUUCCCUACUUAGUGAAACCGAGCCUGAUCUAGAGCUGCCCGCAAAACUGCGAGAAGCUUCUGAUUAGUAAAAGCUUAGAAGUUUCAAAACUCUGAUGACUUAUCAUGAAAGUGUGUGGACUUUAUGUUAAAAGUAGAUUAGGCUAACUCUGUCUUGUGGUUCGAAUAAUUGCUUAGGUUUGAUAAUGGUUGUCCUUAUUUUUGGGUUACUUCUAAUGUUUUCAUGUAGUGUUAAGUGGUUUAUUGUUUGUUUUCUUGUUAACAUAGAAUCUUAUGGAAAUAUGCAUCACUCUUUUAUAUAGAAGAAACUUUGGAUUUCUUUGCAA